AUCAUCAAUUGAGUGGUUGCCCAUUUUUUCGGUACCCAAUUACUACGGUGCGGCACAUUCGUGGCUGUUGGCUUUCCAACAGGAACACUCGCCGAGUCGAAACCGACCGUGUAGGCUCCCAAUAGCCCAAUGGCGUUAACAUGAGUACUGUGACGAUACGUGCACAACUAACCCACUCAGCUAUGUCGUAUCUCCCUGAAAAAGGGUGUCGAAUCGCAAUUCGCUCCGGCCUUGCGAUUUUGUGGGUUAUAUGUGGCUCACGACACACCUCUUCGGUGGGUCAUCGGCGGGUGGCCUGUGCGCCCACUUAUCCUUCACGGGUCGCAGACGCGCAUCCUGUAUACUCUCCCUCUCCCUUUCCUUAGCUUUCGAUUAGCAGAAUUGAGUCGGCAUUUGCAGUGCCCAGUGCCUCGCCUUGAUGCCACUUGUCUCUCAUAAGAGGAAGGGAUAUCUGGAGAGCGGGAGACUCAGCUUGGAACUUGGGGACUGUUUUCUCUUAAGAAUUAGUCAAUUGGUCAGUGGUGCAUAUCUAAUACAAUUAUCUUGCCUGCUUCUCGUUAUG